AUGGCCGUCACAAACGAUAUCAGCGACUCUGCGCUGCUUCAAAAGCCCACCGAUACUCCCUACGAGUCACUCACACGCACGCCAUGUGUCUACAACCCGCUCGCGACAUACACGCUGCCCCGCGGCGAAGGGAGACAUUAUCAGCAGCAAUAUGCCGACAUGUACUUUGCGAGGCUGGCUCAGCUCAAGCCAUCCCUCGUCCGUCUCGCCACUGAAGCUUUUCAAGACUACGAAAUUGGCGGCGAACAGGCCAAGAGAGUGGACCGAGUGCUGGACGUGCGGCAGGGCAAUCUAUGCUGGGUCGUGGGCACGAUAUAUAUGGAGAUGCCACUGAAGCCGAAUGUGCUGGAUGACAUUGGGAAAGAGCAUUGGAUCGCUGCUCCGCCAGCGCGAGAGAAGUACAAUGGCGGUGAGGGACAGGUCAUGCUAGAGGAUGAGUCUGGACGACUGCGAUUAACAGGUGGCUUUCUGGGAAGUGUGGUGCUCGUGACGGGCGCUAUCGUCGCUGUGCUGGGGACAGAAAACUCAGAUGGUGAUUUUGAGGUCAUUGAUGUCCAAGUGCCCGAUUUGCCUCGACAGCCAGCACGAUGGGAACGAGACGAGGGCGAUGCAGCAUUACAGGGCAAGAAAGUCACUCAGAAGCGUGAGAAGGCUGGCAAAGUGGCUAUUGUGUCUGGUCUCUCGAUCAGUGGUGAUGCAGGCGAUACUCUGCUUCUCGAUCUGCUUGCCGAGUAUCUCUUAGGCGAAGCAACAUCGCCUUCUGAUCAAGAACAAGCAAGUCAAAUCUCCCGCCUCGUCAUAGCAGGCAAUUCCCUCGCACAUGGCCAACCUAUCCCUUCCCGCGAGGAUGUCAUUGCAGCAAAGAAGACUGGGAAACGCACAUAUGGCUACGAUGCUUCAGCAUACAACGCUGCGCCUACAGAUCGCUUGGACUCCUAUCUGGCAUCUCUCCUCCCUUCGAUACCCAUCACCCUCCUCCCAGGUGCAACAGAUCCAACCUCGACAAGUCUUCCACAACAACCUAUCCACGCAGCCAUGUUCCCACAUUGCAGACCUUACAUGCCCCAAGCCCAAGAUUCCACAGCCGGCUGGUUCGACUCAGUCACUAAUCCUGCAGAGUUCGACCUGGACGGUUUCCGCUUCUUAGGCGGCGGAGGUCAGACACUCGAUGACGUGUACAAGUACCUCGACGGAGAGGACAGAUUGGAGAUGAUGGAGUCGAUGUUGCGAUGGAGGUUAUCUGCUCCCACUGCACCAGAUACAUUACCCUGCUAUCCUUUCCAAGACGGCGAUCGAUUUGUGAUGAAAGAAUGUCCUCACGUGUACUUUGUGGGGAAUCAGCCGCGAUUCGAGACGAGUGUCAUUGAGGGACCGCAGGGUCAGAAGGUGAGAAUGGUGACUGUUCCGAGUUUUUCGAAGACGGGAGAGGUUGUACUAUUGGAUUUGGAGGAUUUGAAGGUGGAGAUUAUCAAAUUUGAGGCUUUUGAGGAGGAGUGAGACGUUCUAUGAAGUGAGUGUUGGAAUGUAUGGUGCGCACACCAUCGUGACAUCGGGUGUGUUCUUACCUAAGGUACCUCUUGUUUAUCAUGGCUUAGCGUGGCGUUUGGGGCGCACAACAUGCACACAUUUU